GGAAGGAGGGGCCACUUGGCUGCUGCAAGUAGUUUCACUAUCUCUCACUUUUUUUUAAUAGCAGAGGUGAACUUGCCAAGUGGAGGAACAGCUGCUCGUGUGUGUGUGUGAGAUGUAUUUCUGUACAGACAUGUCUUCUUCAAGCCUCUUGAUUUUACUUCUGUGUGCACCCAUCAUGGGUCAGAUACCUGUCCCUCUCAAUGCCACUGUCGGAGGGUCCGUCCUGAUUCCCUGUUCACUACCAGUGAAUUCAACAAGCAUCAAAUGGUUUUACUGGCAGGAGCAUGGGUCUGACAAACUUUUGUUCCACUGGGACAAAAGUGGGGAAACACAACCAGUAGCUGAUGAAUACAGGAACAGGUGUCAAGUCUUCAAUAAUGACUUUAGUUCUGGAAAUAUUUCUAUUAGACUUAACAAUGUUAGUGUUGGAGAUGACCAGAAAACAUUCUGGGCCAAUGUUGAUUUCUAUGAUGAACAGGAAAAAGUUUUUAAACAGCUUAAACAUCAGUGCAAAUCCUCUUUGCGGGUCUCAGCUGCCUACCAAGAUCUUAACCUGACCAUUAACAGCACAUUAAACAGUGCAACCUGUACGGCACAUGGAGGAUACCCUAAACCUGAAGUGAAAUGGACUGGUCAAAACAAAUCCAGCGGUGAACAACUGAAACUGAAGGAUGCUCAGACGUCCCAUCAGCAGCAUCCAACCAAGAAAACCUUCUCUGUCACAAGCACCGUCAGUGUCAAAGAGCUGCAGUCUGUAACCUGCCUCGUGUAUAACCCUCACUCCAACCAGAGCAUUGAGAACACCACAGUGAUUGAUGCUCCUGGUGAGGCCCAUCUGAGGAAUCGUUCUACAAUAAGUGUAUCAAUUGGAGUUGUUGCUGCCAUAUUAUUGUUAUUAUUUGUGUGUUUUCUCUACAGAAGACGUCAAGAAUCACAAGAGGGGUCUCAGCCAGUAGAGAAUGAAGAAGACUCAAGACUCUGACAGAAAUGCUCCUGUUUCUGAGGACGUUUUACUAGACAAUGUGAGGCGGGAUCCUGCUUCAGGCAGUGCUUUCAAUGAGGACACCACUGCUGCUGCUGUUACUGCUGAUACAGAAGAGAAAACUAAGCCAUUAAGCGAGUUGUGUUUGUGUCCCACUCUAUGUCCCUAAUUACAAAAAGAGUGAAACACAUGAACUAUCCCUCCCUGCUUAAUAGACGGGUUUACGAGGAGCGUCACAUGUGAGAUGUGUGCAGGUGGGGGGCAGAAAGUUAACCAGAAUGACUGAGAGCUUAUGAGAAGAUCAACGUUUGAUGUUGAUUUUGUUCCUUAAACUGCACAAAUCAGAGAAGUAAUGGAUGGAAAAUGUUCAUUAUCUCAAGAAGGGAAAACCUCCCAGUUAGCUCACAGUUCAGAAUUAGCUGUUAGCCUCAGAGAUCAGGUCAAAGUCCAGGAUUUUAUGAAGGAAGUGGAUGAUUUUACACUGAAACUGCAGGAAGAAACGUUAAGUUUAAGGUCAGACAGCUCACUCUGUUACUGAGUGUUUAUGGAUGUUUAUUGAAGAGUGCUUUAGUGAUCAGUUUGACAUGUAGUUUCAGUGUGUUUAUGUAUAAACUGAUGGCUUUGGGUGGAAAAUGCGUCCUGUUCUUAAAAAAUUUUCAGAGAGAAAAAUCUGUGAAGAAAGGUGAACAUGCUUUCUGGUCAUAAUCCUGUGUGCCUGAUCAAUAAUACUGAUUAAAUCCUGUAUUGCCUGUAUACACUGCAGGUCAGUGUUGAGUAUAGUAUGAGGAAACAGCAGGAUUUUUGUUAAUGUUAUGACUGUGAUCAGAAUCAGUGCAUGCUAACAGUACUGUAAUGUCUGUAGAUGUCUAUCUUACAGACAUAAAUAAUAAACUGAGCCGACAGGAUCUUCUGGUCCUAACUUUCAUUCAUGACAGUUACUUUACUGACAUUACUUUGUUUUUCAUGCUAACGUUUAUUAUUUUUUUAUGCUAACGUUACUUAUCUUCUUGCUAAUGUGACUUUCUUGUUUUUAUGCUAGUAUGACCUUAUUGUUUCUAUGCUAACAUUACUUUUGUGAAGGCAGCUUCUGUGCUUUUAACCCAUGUUGAUGAUUUUGGACACAUUCAAUGUAUUUUGUCUGUGUAGUCUGUGUUAGUGUUAUCACUGCUACUAGCUGCCAUUUUUUUCCCCUUGGGGACAACAUUUUCACUGUAAAUAACAAAUAUUACAUCAAAGACAUUACAUCAGUUGUUCAAGGUGUUGUUUCUAACUUGAGUGUGUGUCAUAUUUUAGCUAGCCGAAGCUGACAAAGGUCUAUGGUAUGAUGAAAAAAUGUCCAAGCUAGUGUUAAAGGUCUCACUUAGAAUGCCCGAGACACACUUCACCCAAACCUACCUCUAAAAUAAUUUUCUGUAAAAACUCAAUGAAAAUUGACAAUUAACUAAAAAAACAUGAUUGAAAAUACUGUAAGUUCAACUGUUACUAAACUUUUGUGUAAGUUAACACUCCUUCUUAGAUCAGCAGGAAGCCAGUGGCCUGCAAAGCAAGCUGUGGUUUCUGCACCUGACACAGACAAAUACAUACAUCUCUGAUCUGUGUCUGUGAAGUUUGGAAAAUAACUAUAUGUUCUGUACAAUGUACACAAAAAUCAUCCAAUAGUUUGCUGAUGUUCUGGUUGGUGACCAUAUAUGGAGUUUAAGA